UGAUCGGCGGCGGGGAGACCGGGACUUGGAAGUGGGAGCGGUGGCAGCGGAAGGGAGAUAGGGCUCGGCCUGAGCACGGCAUCCAGAACGGAGCAGGUAGAUUUCUCUACUCAAGAACCAGUCGCCAUCUUAUUUUUCACAUUGGUAGGGCAACAUGGUGUCAAUACCAGAGUUCUACCUGGGCAAGAAUGUACUCAUCACUGGAGCGACUGGCUUCAUGGGCAAGGUGCUGCUUGAGAAGCUGCUGCGUUCUUGUCCAGCAGUCAAGACUGCAUAUAUCCUCGUGAGACCCAAAGCAGGCCAGAGUUCUCAAGCACGGGUUCAAGAGAUGCUGAACUGCAAGCUUUUUGACAGACUGAGAGAUGAACAGCCAGAUUUCAAAGAGAAGAUUGUAGCAGUGAGCAGUGAAUUGACUCAGCCAGAGCUUGGGCUUAAUCAGGCUGACAAGGAACUCCUGACAUCCUGCAUUAAUAUAGUCUUUCACUGUGCAGCCACCGUACGCUUUAAUGAAACCUUGAGAGAUGCAAUGCAACUGAAUGUGGUUGCUACCCGCCAACUCCUUGCUUUUGCACAGCUGAUGAAGAAGCUUGAGGUCUUCAUUCACGUUUCUACCGCAUAUGCACACUGCAAUCGCAAACAUAUUGAGGAGGUCAUUUAUCCACCUCCAGUUGAUCCUAAAAAAUUGAUUGAAGCUUUGGAGUGGAUGGAUGAUAGUCUCAUUCAGGACAUUACAAGAAAACUAAUUGGCGAGAGACCAAACACAUACACGUACACUAAAGCCAUGGCCGAAUAUGUUGUACAGCAAGAAUGUGGAAACUUAAAUGUUGCGAUUGUCAGACCUUCUAUUGUGGGAGCCAGCUGGAAGGAACCAUUUCCUGGUUGGAUUGAUAAUUUCAAUGGACCUAGUGGGCUUUUCAUUGCUGCUGGAAAAGGAAUCCUUCGCACAAUGAGAGCGUCAAACAGUGCAGUGGCAGACCUGAUUCCAGUGGAUGUGGUUAUAAACAUGACUCUGGCAGCUGCAUGGUAUUCGGGUGUUCAUAGGUACAGCAGGCCAAGAAACAUAUUAAUCUACAACUGUACUACAGGUGGCACCAAUCCUUUCCACUGGGGUGAAGUUGAAUACCAUGUAAUAUCCACUUUCAAGAGGAAUCCUCUCGAGCAGGCCUUCAGACGGCCCAAUGUAAAUCUAACCUCCAAUCACUUGAUCUAUCACUACUGGAUUGCUGUAAGCCAUAAGGCCCCAGCAUUCCUGUAUGAUGUCUACCUCAGGCUUACUGGAAGAAAACCAAGGAUGAUGAAAAUCAUUAAUCGGUUGCACAGAUCAAUGAUGCUGGUUGAAUACUUCACAAGCCAUUCAUGGGUGUGGAAUACUGAUAACAUAAACAUGCUUAUGUGUCAAAUGAGCCCAGAUGACAAGAAAGUAUUCAACUUUGAUGUGAGACAGCUUCACUGGGCAGAGUACAUGGAGAAUUACUGUAUGGGAACCAAGAAAUAUGUGCUAAAUGAAGAGCUGUCUGGACUUCCAGCUGCCAGGAAACAUCUGAUCAAGUUGAGAAAUAUUCGCUAUGCAUUCAAUACCAUCCUGGUUGUCCUGAUCUGGAGAAUUUUCAUCGCAAGAUCGCAGAUGGCACGGAACAUCUGGUACUUUGUGGUCAGCUUGUGCUACAAAUUCUUGUCCUACUUCAGGGCAUCUAGUACCAUGAGAUACUGACAGUACCAUAAGCACUCAGUCACCUAUGCAUUAUAGAUAGCUGUACUGGACAUUGAUAAACCUUGUGUUAAUGUUUGUACUAAAAGAAAAUACCUGUAUCUUGUUAUAUUUUGUCAUGUACGUAAUUUGUUGAAGCUACUUUACGAUAAUUUGGGUCGGCUAUCUAGCACCAUUAAAAGUAGAGAAAUGCACUGAAGUACAGUGAAAAAAAUCAGUUUCGGGGUUUAAAAUGAGUUUCAACACUGAAGAAAGAAUGAUGUUGGGAAAACAAGUUUUUUUCUCUCCAUUGAAUAACCGUGUUCAAAUUUCUGUAGGUCAUCUCUGACUCUUCAUGGGAAGUUUAUGAAACAUGCCCUGUUGCAAGUAGAGUUUGUCCGUAAAUGCUAAUUUACUCAGUGCAUGUUCAGUUUCGCUUUAUCAAUUAACCUUUCAGUUAAUGGGAUAGGACAUUCAGCUUAAACUUCAGUGAUGCAACAAAAAAAAAACCCGGUGAAAGAAACCUCCUAACCAUUCACAUCGAGGUUGGAGUUUACCUUCAUAUACUUAUUCACGUGACUGUCUGGAUUUGCGGCUGAACUUUCCCCAUUCCACGCUAGCUGCCUUUAGGUAGCGAUUGUACUAUUUGCUGUAGCUGAUCUGGGCAUAAAGCAACAAUUGAUAAACAAAGUGUGCUUCAGACUUGAAACUCUGCCAUCAGCUUGGGAGGGGUGCAGUUAACUUGAAGGUAUCAGAGGUAACUUUCAUUCAUACUUUCUGCAGCAGUGCCCUGCAAGACCAUCCUGUACUGUUCUGAAAAACUAGGGUAGUGUUUGAAUUCCAGGAGCUUUUAACUGAAUGUCUGAGUGCAAAAGGCAAAACAGUUGGUGGGAAAAGGGGCGGUGUGACAUCAAUGGAAAACAAAAUCUGUCAGAGUAUAAAACUGGCAGUUAAUUCACUGUCAUCCAUUUCACACCAUGGCCCAAGACCAAUUUCACCCUGCACCCCACCCUGACCUUUUUCUGAACGAUUUCUAAUUUAGAGAGUUGGAUUUAUUGGAAGACCUAAGCUAUCUACUGCCUGUAAACAUUCCUGAAAGAUAAAUGGGAUUGGCGAAUCAACAUAGCAUGCUCUCUGCAGAUGUCUAUAGAUAGUUGGUUUUGAUAAAGUCUUAGAAAAAUGAAUUUAAUGGUUUUUUGCCUUGACAUGGGGAGAGAGGGAAAACCCUCUUAUUUGGGGUAUCAGAAUGUGCCUGACUUCCCUAUACUUAAGAUACUGAAAAUUUUCUAAGUGACAGGUGUGAGAAUAUCAAUCGGUCUCUCUGAUUUACUGCCAUUUUCCAUUUGAUUGUUCCAAUUGGGAUGCUGGCAUUGUUGCAAAAGUUGAAAUGAGCAAAGUGUAUUAUUUUUGGAAUUAUGUUACAGGUUUACUCUUGCGCUGUGAAUAUACUGUUUAGUUUUUGUGGCCUCAUGACCAAUGUAAUCUUAUUAUCUCACUAAUAACAAUAAGUCAAGUAGUUAGUUAUACUGGUGGGUGCUGUUUAGCCUCUGCCCGACUGAACUAAAAUGUGGACACAUCUCAAAUCUUUCUGCGAUUAUAAAUGAUGUAUUUACUAUUGGUGUGAUCACAGCUCUUAACUUGAGAUAUUGACCAUUUGACCUUACUAAUUAAUAAUUGUUGAUACUGGUGCCUGGUUGAGUGAAAUAUAGCAUUGAGGCGCUUGUCUUUAUUUUGAAAAAUCUAAAUCUGUUUCAAAUCAACAACAUAGAGAGAGCAAAAGGUUAAAUGAAGCCAAGACCCAUGCCACCAGGCUUUAAUUCACAGCAAUGUGUACUCACAUUUACGCAAUCUCAUCAUUCUUGUAGUUUUUUUUUAAAAAAGACACUCCUAAUUUUACGGCAUAGAUAUGCUUAUUGAUGCAAGUCCCCAUGACUCAAAAUUAUUCCUCUCCCUUUGCUUAUGAAGCAUGAGAUGAAUGCAAUGAGUAGUUUGACGGCUGAACUACAAUGAUGUACUGUAACGGAAAUGUUCAUUGGUUACUCAGCGUCCUCUGCCUUGAGUGAGGAAGAAAUGGCUGGACAACAAACUUGUGUAAAAAAACCUUUGUGAAAUGCUCCAGUCUUCAGAAUAUUGUUUGCCUUCUGCAGCAAAAGCUUUGCUCUGUUUUCCACUUCCACACCACUCCACCACCCCACCACCACCUCCCAACUUUCUAAACUGGGUAGCAGCACCCAUCUCGAGAAAGAUUUGAUUAAAUUUAUUGUGCAGAAGCAUCUGCCACUUCCAAUGUUAGCAACUAAAAUUCAAGCCUUCCUUUAUAUGGCUGCAACAAAGAAAAAGAAAACAGGGCAUUUUGCGAACUGCGAGUGUCCUUUUCGGCUUUAGUUAACUAGGAGUUGGUGACCAUGUGCUGGUAUAUAUUUUCCUCUUAUAAGGCAGAUAAUCUGCAGGGGAACCUUGUUAAAGACUCUUUUGCCUGGACUAGUCUGUAUACAGCACUUAAAAGAGAUUUGUAAUGUUGUGUGGAGGAGGGGAGCUGGUGUGUGAAAAUGGCACAGGCUUUUGCUGUGCUCUUUAAAAAAAAAACUUGUAAAAAUAGUACUUCAAUGUGCAUUGUGUGGCUGGCUGCCUUAAAAAAUAAUGACACUUUUUUUUAGUGAAUGUUUCUACAGAGGACAAUAGAUUACAUUUGUAAUCAAAAUAGUUAUUAUUUAUUGGCUAUCAGCUGGUGUACCAGUAAGGUUAAAUCUGUAUUGGAAUUAAUUUUAGGAAAAUGAUUUUCUGUACACUCAGAGUAAAACUUUUUUCAUUCUGAAAGCAAUGUUAAAAAUGCUACACUGCAACGGCAGCAUUCAUAUUUUUUACACUGUUUGUAUGAAAAAUGGACAAGCGUCAGUGUCACAGUUUGCAGUACAACUACAGUGAUUUGUGGAUGGAAAAUUAAAUGGGUGCCUUUGAGAACCAAAAA